CAGGAAGCAACAUGACUUAGGUGGCUCUAUCCAAAGGUGCACCAGCCGUGAUGCAGCAGCCACGAGUGGAGACGGAUCCCAUCGGGGCCGGCGAGGGGCCGCAGCGGGCGGUCCCCUGGUCCGUCUGGGUCACCCGGCAGGGCUGGGUGCGCUGGUGGGUAUGCCACGUGCCCCAGAGCUGGGCCCAGUGGUGGACCACAUCAGGUCUGCGGCAACCCCUGCAGCGCGUGCUGUGGGGUCUGGAGGGGAUACUCUACCUGCUGCUGGCUCUGAUGCUGUGCCACGCACUCUUCACCACCGGUACCCACCUGCUCAGCUCCCUCUGGCCUGUGGUGGCUGCCAUGUGGCGCCAUCUGCUGCCGGCCAUCCUGCUGCUGGUGCUAAGUGCCCUGCCUGCCUUGCUCUUCACGGCCUCCUUCCUGCUGCUCUUCUCCACACUGCUGAGCCUCGUGGGCCUCCUCACCUCCAUGACUCACCCAGGCCGUGCUCAGGACUUGGACCAAUAGAAGGGCAUCCCCAUUCCGCUGCCUGUGUCUGUUGAGCCCUGACUUAGGGCGUGAGCCCUGGGGAGAGGGAGGGGAGAGGGACCUCAGCAGGCCCCAGACUCUAGUCUCAACACAAGUCAAAGCUGUGUGGUGUGACUGGAGCCAACAGGUAGAUUGGCCUGGCCUCUUGCACCUUCCUCAGGCUGCUGCUGCAGGUACCUGGUGUGAGGGCCAGGCUUUGAGGACACAGG